AUGAAUGAGCCGCGCCCCCCGCCCCUCGCCCCGUACCCCCGGCACGCCCUGCCCCGCACGACCGCGUGUGGCCUUCUACCACCGACACUACAGAUCGGCAAACGAUCAGACGGAUUACCUGAUGGUAAGCAAUCAGCGCCGCCUAUGGAAACCUGCCACAAUAGAGGAGUUACGACUGUAGAAUCUGGCACGGGUGCUUCGCCGGCUCGCCAGCGCGCGUUAUUUACGAGGGGGUGGCCGCCUCCCUGCUGCACCCGAGAUAGUGCCUUCCCCGGAAGAGCGACGCCGCCGCCGCGCAGCGCCGCGCCGAGCGUCUCGUGCCGCGCCGAACGAGCCCUUGCGGCCGCGGCGCAGGGUGCACUAUGCCGCGGCGUCGCGCGCCACCUCAGCACCUCGCUUACACCUCGCUGCUGCUUGUGCAGAUUGCUGCCAACCCGCACUUGCUACGACGCCGCACGGCCCACGAAUAUCACCUCUACGACAAACGCCAUACGGUCACCGCUCGAGGACGCUUGCCCGCUUUCUGUUCACACGGCGCCCACCGCUUUCCUACAUUACAUUAUACUGAAGAUGUCUGUAUUUCUUGUUUAUGAUAGCAUAAAACUAUGUUAUGACGUGCAAGUUCAAUUAGUGUGUGUGGUGUGGGAGGCUUCGCGGGGCGACGGCGGCCGCCAUCUAGCGGGCGUCAGCGCCGCCCACCGCCGCCUCGCGCGCCUCCAACCUCCUCGCGACCACAUGUCGCUUAUGAAUAUGAGGCGUUAUGAUUAUGAAAAUAUGCCCCGCCCCGAAUAUGGAAUAUGGAGGAGGGGGGCCCGUGUAGCGCGUGCGAAUGGGCGAAGUUUGAUUUAUGAGCCGGGCGCGGCCCCGCCUCCCUGUCAUAACCGUAUACCUGGUGCGCGCGCGCGCUGCCGCCCGCCGCCCGCCGCCGCCUCGCGCUCAGUCCCGCUUCGGAUGGCGAGUGGUGCGCCCGGUCACACGCCGCGUCCGCUCCGCACAGAGUACUUCGUCCGAGCCGAGUAG